UUUUAUAUGUGUUAGCCUGGCUCUAGACUGCUGUAGAUAGCACUGUUAUCCCCCGGAGCCUGAUCUGAACUGCUGCGGCACAACUGAAUAGGACGGAUUAGCCGGGCUGCGAGGCCGUUGACUUGUAAGGAGACGGAGUUACACCAGACUUCUUUUAGAAAAGAAGCCACUUAAAGCAUAGUGGAAAAUGAAGACCCUGAUGGUGUUUGAUUUUGACCACACUGUGGUCGAUGACAACAGUGACACUUGGGUGAUUAGAUGCCUUCCGGGUCAGACUCUUCCGGACUCUGUGAAGAAUUCCUACAGAAAAGGCCACUGGACUGAGUUCAUGGGCAGAGUGAUGAACUACAUAGGAGACCAGGAGGUCAGUCCAGACAGGGUCCGCAGUGUGAUGGAGACCAUCCCCUUCACAGCUGGAAUGACGGACUUGCUGACAUUCAUAUCGGAGCAUAAAAGCACCAUCGACUGCAUAGUCAUCUCUGACUCCAACACCAUGUUCAUAGACUGGAUCCUCCGCGCAUCCGGACUCCAGGCAGCCGUCGAUCAGGUUUUCACCAACCCGGCUAAGUUCAACGAGCUCGGGUACAUGGAGGUACAGUGCUACCACUCUCACGACUGCGACCGAUGCCCCGUCAACCUCUGUAAGAAAAAGGUCCUGGAGCUGUAUCUGUCGGAGCAGGCCGAUGGAGGCGUGGAGUACGAGCGCAUAUUUUACGUGGGGGACGGUGGGAAUGAUCUCUGUCCUACUUCCUGUCUGAGGGGGCGUGACGUUGCCAUGCCCAGGAAGGGGUUCACCCUGGAGAAACUGCUGGCCAGACUGGAAGGUCAGGAAGACAAGGCUUCUCUGAGAGCUAAAGUCAUUGCCUGGAGCAGCGGCGCUGAAGUCCUGGAGGAACUGAAAGCAAGUAUGCAGUCGUAGUCGCCGCCUAUCAGCGAUAACUCAGAUACUGCACUUAUGGCAAAUAUAGAGUCUGCACUGUAGAGGGAAUAUGCUGCUCCCCAGAAUUGUUUCAAAUUUAGUUUUUAUUAUCAAGACAGUAUUUUUAAUUUUUAAAGCGAAAAUGUUGAUGGUGGUAUGAUUUUCAUGUAGUUACAAAUCCUUUAAAAUUGAUGAGUCUUCUGCAGGAGCUUUUAUCUCUGAAAACAGUAAGGACAACAAGGUUUCAGUGAGGUGGGACGGAGGCAUCUGAGCCCAGUUACAAUACAAAUACAUUACAAAAACAACAUUUACGCAUGCAGUGUGUGUUCGACAGUGGAUCAUAAUUCAGAUAAGGUUAUAUUUAGUAUAAUAUUCAAGAUCUGGUUGAGUGGAAAGAACGGGGACUGCUGCCCUAAAACUAACCGAGCCGGGCGUCUUUUAAAAGUGACAGUUUUGGAAAAUAUGCUCAUUAACUUUCGUGCUUAGAGUUAUACGAGAAGAUUGAUACCCCCUUCCUGUCUGUACACGAAAUAUAUAAAGCUACAGUCAGCAGCCAAUUAGCCUAGCUUAGCUUAGCAUUAAGACUGGAAGCAGGCUGAAACAGCUAGCCUUGUUCUGUUCAAAGGUAAAGUAACUCCACCUACCAGCACCUAGAAAAAGAGAAUUGAAUUUUAGAAUAACAGAAAAUAAAAUAAACCAAUACAUACUGUUAUUUAAAUGGAUAUACACAUUUACACCCAUGAAACAAUGUUGCAGUGCAUUUUUUAAAUUUGCGUUUGUUUAAAUUUCAUCUUCACAUAAAAAGAAACGGUGUCAAACAAACAAAAAACAAGAAAAAGAAGCAAUCUUUUAUUUAGCUUCACUGGUGCUGGUAGGUUUUUUGUUACCAUUGGACCGAGCCAGGCUAGCUGUUUCCCCCUCCUUUCAGUCUUUGUGCUAAGCUAAGCUAAUCGACUCCUCGCUCUAUCUCCAUAUUUAGCUGACAGACAUGAUAGUAGUAAUUGAUCUUCUCAUUUAACUCUGGUCAAGAGCAGAUAAGAGUAUGACUGCAGGCUAAUUCCCAGGUAUCAACUCUCAACCAUGAAGCUCAGCUCGUGUUCAUCAACCACACUGAAACACACCACAUUUGUAUCCACCCUGUCAGUACUUAUUAUCACAAUAUGUUCAGUAAGAGUUUAUUAAUGUCACUCAUCACUUCAGUCAGGCGUGAAGCCUUGCAGUUUGCUUCACUAACACUAUAAAACACACAAACACACUUUAUGACUUUAUUUAUGUAUUACCACUGUGGCAAUAGUCCCUUUUUCACAGCAGACAUUUUAGGAAAAGCACAGAUGUAACUUAAAACAUUAACUUUGGCUCUGUUGCGUUCAAGUGUCCCAGUAAGUCAUUGAGAGUAACGUGCACAGUGCCAGGACCCUGAAACUGAAGCAGCUAAAUGGGAUUCAGCCAUCGCUCAUUCUAUUCUUCACACCUGUGCUUUUCCUACUGCGACAAGACAAAACAUCUUCAGUGAAAAAGGUGGAUUAUAUUAUAGCUACACUAGCUAGCUCAGGGCUGCAGCCACCACUCUGAAUGCAUACCACCUCAUGAUUAACUUACCUCAGUUGCAAUAUAAUACAAUAUAAAUUAAAUGAAUAAAGAUUAAAGAAAUUACAGUGUUUCCAUUGUUGAAACGUUUUUUUCUAUAUGAUUGAAAAUGCAAACUGUCUUGCCUAAUACACUUUUCAUACUAUGUCAAAGUUGUUUAAUGUUACUUAGUCUUACAUCUGAAAGUAUAGCUUCGCUUCCAAUAGUAAAAAUAAGUUCAGUUGCUUACAACCCUAAACCGACACAUAACUGAGCUAACAGGGUUUAUUAGCUUAUUAUAUUUAGUUCUUUAGACAAUGUUUGCUACUCUGUGCCUGUGAACACAUCUGCCCUUUAGUGAUUUUAACUGAUUUACAUGUAAAGUCUGUGGUGUGUAGCCAGUUCCCUGAAGCUGUCUUGAUUGUUUUCACCAGGUUUGGAUUGAUCUGGUGUUAACUGUCAGUUGACUCUGUUGAAUGGCACAAACCAUAACUAUUUUUUAAAGCUAAAUGAACAAAAAUUCAGUUUUUCUACAAUAGACCACAGAUGUACUAAGUCCUGUGGAUAAUUUUCCUGAGUGAAAUCCAGAAGCACUGUUUUAACAUCCGUCCACGCUUUACACGUUUGAGAAGGUUCCAGUUUAUUCAGUAAUAUUAUCCAGAUAACCAGGAAACUAAAGAUAGUGUUGGAUUCAUCCUGGGACUUCAUCCAGGUUUCGCAUAGCUAGUUUAUAUCACUGGGAUAGAGUACUGGGUUUCCAAUUUCAUGGAAACACAUGCUUUAAGAGUUUUUUGUUGACACUGUCAUGAGGCAACAUGUGAAAUGUUAUGUUUGUUCUUAAUCUUGUAAUUCUAAUGAUGCAAUUAAAACCAGAAACCUCU